GCUCGAACGCCGGGAAAACACGAGUCGUUUUUCGCCGCGACGACACGCACCGAAGUUUUCCGAAUUUUGAAGUUCGAUUCUUGAAUUGACUGUAACGGUCGUCUUUGAUUUUAGUAGAUUUUAUUGUUUUAUGAUUCUAAUUUUUUUGUAAAAUAUUUUUUAUGUGAAAAGUGUCAUCAGAUAAACUUGUGGGAUGUUUAGUGAUUUUGUCAACGUUGUGUUUGGUCGUAAAGUUGGCUGUUGCCGCUGUUGGUCACUCUAAACUUUGAAUAGGAGUCCAUCAAUCAAGCUCCACUCUACGGGGACAAUUGAAACGGACCGCGAACAUCAGUAGCACUUAACAUGUCCAACUAGACUAUUCUGUGCUCGUCCAAACGAUGACAAGUGCCGAGUGAUCUUGAGAAGAAGGACAAAAUAAGCUGUUAUCGAUGAACGAACUAAAUUAUAACGCAGGGAUGAGCUCCUACCAAUUUGUCAACUCGCUUGCUUCCUGUUAUGGGAAUCAAGCGCCCGGGCGUACUGGGACGCCCGUGGAUCAAGCAGGCCAUCCCGGGUUACCAACACCUGGAGCUGAUUACUACAACCCAAAUGCGGCCGCGUCAGCCUAUCCAAAUGCUUGUUAUUCGCCGCCGCAAGUUGGACAUCACUAUCCCCAACACCCAUAUGGAACACCUGCAACCGGAGCUCAUAUGCAACCACAAACAAUGAUAGACUACACACAGUUACAUCCCCAAAGACUGGGCAGUUCGGCAAGUCACAUGCAUCAACACUCGAAUCCGAGUCCAGGAGCAUUAUCUCCGAAUUUAAUGUCCACACCACCGAGUCAGGCUGCUGGAGCUAGUUGUAAAUUCGCUGAUUCUACAUCUACUACAGGAGUAGCCUCUCCUCAAGAUCUAUCUACUUCCUCUGGACCAGGUCGAACGUCACCUGGUUUUGGAGGUGUUGGACAGAACUCUAGUGGAACCACCAGUACCAAACUAGGCCUAACUACUCCCAUCGCUUCUCCAGUAGAACACAAGGCUAAUGUGAAUCAGAAUAUAUCAAGUCCUGCUUCGAGUACAUCAAGCAAUGAGAGCAAUGAGGCUAAUAAUUCAAGCUCAAACACAAAGAAUUCAAAAUCUUCAGCAUCAAACUCCUCUGCUAAUCCUCCGCAAAUAUAUCCAUGGAUGAAACGAGUACACCUAGGACAAAGUACGGUGAACGCCAACGGAGAAACAAAGCGUCAGAGAACAUCAUACACCCGGUACCAGACGCUCGAGCUGGAAAAGGAGUUCCACUUCAACCGGUACCUAACGCGGAGGAGAAGGAUCGAGAUUGCGCACGCACUCUGCCUCACUGAGCGCCAGAUCAAGAUCUGGUUCCAGAACCGCCGCAUGAAGUGGAAGAAGGAGCACAAGAUGGCAUCGAUGAACAUUGUGCCGUACCAUAUGAAUCCGUACGGCCACCCCUACCAGUUCGACCUUCACCCGAGCCAGUUCGCGCAUCUCUCCGCAUAGGAUCAGUGGAAUUUUUCGAACAGCGGAUAACUGAUUUAUUAAUGUAGACAGUCGUCCGCAUCGCGGGGUUGCGUGUAAUAUCUUGGUUAACAAUGAUGUUACAGCAACCAGACUGGGUCAGUUAUUCGCUGUUCGAAAAAUUUCUGUAAGUGUAGUCUAAUUUUGUUAUUGUUAUUGUGACGUUACAAGUGACGAAGACAGUGAUUGUGCGGCAAGAUACCGUGGGACAGGAGUGAUGAGCAUAGAGAGUGGUGAUUGUGAAAAACAUGAGUAUAAAACCUAAUUUAAAGUUUAUUCCAGUUUCCCAUACCUAUAUUAACGCAUGGAAGGAAAUUAUCGACAAUUCCUUAUCACAAAAACGUUAAAUGUAAACAUUAACUACAACGGUGUUAAAAUUUAAAGUAGAGUUGAAUUUUACCUAGUCAUAAGCUGUAUCGAUUUGCAUUAUUCGUAAAACUGUAAGAUAUGAACAACUGAAUACCGAUUUAUGUACAUUGUGGUGACUAGAGAGUGUCUAAAAUUAAAUAGUGCGACAUGAAAAUUCUGGUAUCGUUUGCGUUUCAUUGUUUUUAUUUCAAACAGUUGUUGCGUAGGAAAAUAACUCAAUGAACUGCUAAACGCUGCUCGGAGUUUUGUUUGUCGUGUUUCUAUCGUAGACACUUUGAUAGAAUUAAGAUAGACUUUAUAACCGGCAGAUGUAGUCAUCACAAGGAUAAACAAAUUCGGAAUUGUACAGGGAUAGUGUAACGAUGUACGAACUACAUUGUUAAAGACAAAAUGUAUCAGAAAAUACUAUAAUUAUUUAGGACAUUUCAUUAUUAGUAACGAAUAUUAGAAGGGGGCUUGUAAAAGCGCUGUGAAACUUAAAGAAGUAAGCUCAGUUAUAGAUUGUGAAUAGGUAAUUUCUUCCUAUUAAUGUAAAUAACUUGUCAUGUAGAAGGUACGGUGAAAAAAAUUAAUAUAUAUCAGUAUGUAUCUCGAACUGUUUUAUGUUCCUCUCCUUAGUUUGUAAAUAACAAAGUAUUUAUCACAAUAUAAAUACAUACUAUAGUUAAAGUUAUUACGUAAAUAAAUUAGUGAUUUUUUAAAGUUUCCACAAACGAUACCAUUUAAAAAUUUCAUGUGGCUCUAUUGCGUACUUUAAAGUCUUUAAUGUCGUAUUUGUAAAAUGUACUUAAAAUAAUGCUAGUGAUUAAAAUAUUUUCUUUUUGACUGUCUAUCUGUCUUCGGUUGUUUUGAAUUUAAUUAAAGUUUUGUAAAAAUUAUCAUUUGUUAGUAAAAACAUUGCAUGUAUUGAGGUAUUACAGUUCUGAUUCAGACGCCCUUACAAGGUUAACGGCCGUGUCACAUAGCUCACGUGUUGCAACGUUGCUUAACCUUGUCAGAACGUCCAAUGAUAAAUUAAUGAUGUUCGAUAAUAUGACCUCAUGAUUUAUAAAUCGUCGCUUAAAGUUUUGUUGUCACAUUUUAUUAGAAAACGUCGUGGUCAACUGUGAUAUUUUGUUAAAUUUUUAAUUCUUAAGUGAAAACAGCGCGAUUUGAGUUCGUAUAUUUGAUUUUUAUUUCAUGGAGUAUGUUUGUAAUGCUUAUUUUCUUUGAUUGGUACAUUUGUUGCUUUAUUUAUUGUUUGUAAAUAUUAGAUAACUUAGUAUUAACUAAAGGAUAAUGUUCAAAUUCUUAAGUAAAAUAACUUCUCUCAUAAUGUUUCUUUUGUAAAAAUCUGUGCAAUAGAAUGUGGCCUGACCUAUUGUCCGUCUUCUAUCAUUUUGUAAAAUAUUUUCCUCCUAAUUUAGUUAUGUUAUUUCUUUAUUAACUAAUAAAAUAACGUUUAUCGUUCAUUCCAGUUUAAAUGAGGACUCUAGUAAAGUAUGCUACUGAUCAUUUAAAUUAUUGUAUUGUAUUAAUAAAGUGUAUUAAAUUUGAAAAAUUG